UGAGGUUGUAUAUCAUUAUUGGAUUGCCGUUUCAACAUCCAUUACGCAGAAAAGCACAAAGUAAAUCAUGAGCUGCCCAGUCAAGAAAGCGAUGGAAGAAGACCUCCUGAAAGCGCGGGGUGGGGGUGGUAUAUCAGGGGGUGGUCUGCUUUCAAGUAGCAACAACAACAGCAGCGGCAGCAGCAGCAGUAGCAGCAAUAAUGGCAACGUGACCGCCUCCCAAACCACUGCUACCAACACAACCACCCCCACCUCCUCCUCCUCGUUAUCGUCGUCGUCGCCCCCAUCCAACGUCAACAUCAACAACUCCAAGAACAGCACCAUCAGAAUCAACACCAUCAGCAGUAGCCCGACUCCGCCGACUAUCGACACCACUCACUUCAACUACAGCAACUACAGCAACAACAGUCUGAGCAGCAGCCCGAACCUGACACCAACAAACUCCCUCCCGUCCUCUCCGUCAAAAUCCUUGACCACAACAAACCCAAACAUGAGGAAAAUCUCCCCUCCCCCUAUCCUCAGCGUGGGCCGCAAAGUGUCGCCGCCCAACCCAAACCACGUCAAGUUCUACACCGUACUCGAAGACGGGCCCACCAAGAUUAUGGAAGAUACGAACUCGGAGCCUUCCAACUACGGCUCGGGCGAGGGUUCGCCUCGUUUGCGAAAGACCAGCAACAUUUCGACAACUUCGUCUCUCGGAUCGGAAGCGGACAGCGAGAUGGGCGGCGAGAAGAAAGUGGACAUCCGGUCUCUGAUUGAGGGCAUUGGGACACUCAUCAUACCGGCGGAUUACUUUGUGAGACGCGCCAUGCAGAACCUGAUCAAUAUGAGGAAUCCCCGAGUGAUGGAGCAUCUCAGAAAUGAGUCCAGCGAACUAUUCGGCGAGGAGCUUUUGAUGCGCUCCUACAGUGACCAGAACCUCCGCCACGAACCCAUCUCCGAUGACACGCUACUCUCUAUGGCGGAUGAGGCAGCAACGAAACUGGGGGCAGACAGAGAAUCGGUGCUUCGCGGAGCGGGUGAAGAAUACUUCAAACUGUGCCUCAGCGACUACGGCAAAGCUCUGCGCAUGCUCGGAAGUAAUCUUUGGGAGUUCUUCAGCAACAUUGAUGGACUGCAGGAUCAGGUCAAAGAGUACCCCCGUUUCCAGGGGCAACAGCCGCCAUCAUUCCGCUGCGACUGGAAGAAGAGCCAUUUGAAUCUACACUACUACUCAUUACGUCAUCAAAUUCUGAGCUUCACCGCGGGUACGGUGCAAGCAGUAUCUAAACUACUCUUCAACACAGAGCUACAGCUGGACAUCUCUCCCAACAAGGACCCCAAUGCACCACACCACAUCUUCUACAUCUCCACAGCCUCCGUCGACGACAACGAAAACAGCAGAAACAAUCUGUACCCAGACCAGGUGAACACGUCCGACAACCCAACAGAUUCGAAAAUCGGGGUACACACGAUCUGCGCGUCGUUUCCCUUCCACGUCAUUUUCGACCAGGAUCUUCAGAUCACCCAGCUCGGAGUGUCAUUGGCUAAAAUGAUCGCUCCCGAAGUAGCGACCAAAGGUCGAGAUGUCGGGGCCUAUUUUGACAUUAUCAAGCCAAAGGUGAAGCUCAGCUUCUCUGCCAUUUUGUCCAGGGUCAACUCCAGUUUCGUUGUACGCACCAAAGACUUGUCUAAGAACAAUCACAGACUGUCCCAGUCUAGUGCGGAUAAAGAAAAGCAGAAGGAUGGCGAACAGGUCGAGCCAAUGACAGUGGACGACGUGACGAUGCUGUUCAGUGACAUCGUAGGCUUCACAGCAAUCUGCAGCACAGCCACUCCCAUGCAGGUCGUCGACAUGCUCAACUCGCUGUACACGCACUUUGACCAGUUUUGCGUCGAUAUUGACGUUUAUAAGAUUGAGACAAUAGGCGACGCCUACUGCGUAGCCGGAGGCCUUCAUAGGCGGAGUGCCUAUCACGCUCAACAAAUAGCCUGGAUGGCUGUGAAGAUGAUGGCAGCCGCUGAAAAUGAGAAGUCACAUGACGGGAACGUUAUCAAGAUGCGCAUUGGCAUCCACACAGGACGAGUUCUGGCUGGUGUGGUAGGCAGAAAGAUGCCUCGGUACUGCCUCUUCGGUAACAACGUCUCCAUCGCCAACAAAUUCGAAUCUGGAAGUGUUCCGCU